AUGAUGGAGAAGAAGGACGCAUAUGGAAAUGAAAUCAAAGGUGAGUACGAGGGCUUCUGUGUGGAUUUGGUGGAGAAACUCUCACAAAUGAUCAAAUUCAAGUAUAAAAUGAAGGCGGUUUCGGAUGGACAAUUCGGCAUUAUUGUCAAUGGAUCGUGGAAUGGUAUGAUUGGGGAAUUACUUCGACGAGUUACAUACCGUGAAUCAUAUCCUAUCAAUUCGCCCAAUUACGUUGCGUUGUCAAAUUAA